UAUCCCCUCACUGGCUUGAUAGACAUGGGCUUUGAUUGGUUGAAAAACGACGACUUUGACUUGGUGAUCGUCUAUUCUGGCCAACCGGAUAGCGCGUUGCAUGGCAGUGGGAUCGGUCAUCAGGACUCGAUUGACGCAAUCAAAGCAGCCGACGAUGCUGUGACGUAUCUCUUCGAAAAAAGGAAAGAGCUGGGAUUGGAUGAUACCCUUGAUGUCAUCGUGACGAGCGAUCAUGGUCACGUGAAUACUGAUCGGCAACGAUAUUUAGAGCUGUUUGAUUACAUCGAUGAGGCCGAUAUUAAAAUGGGCCUUCUUGAUUAUGGAAAUACUUUUCAGAUUGAACCGAUGGAAGGAAAACUUGACACGAUUUACGACGCUUUGGUGAACGCACAUCCACAGAUGAAGGUGUACAAGAAAGAAAUGUUUCCGGAGCGCUUUCAUUACGCAAACAGUGAUAGAAUCAUGAAGAUUUUAGGCUACGUGGACUCCAACUGGGUCCUGUUUUCUAACCAUACAAGCAAGAGUUUUUUCCUGGCAUCUGACCACGGCUACGACAACCAAGCCCCCGAGAUGAGGUCUAUCUUCUACGCCCAGGGUCCAAGCUUCAAGAAGGGUUUCAAUAGUGAACACAUGGAGUCGGUUAAUAUCUACCCUUUGAUGUGCGAACUUCUUGGUCUGAACCAGGUCCCUAAUAAUGGUUCACGGGCAAACUAUGAAGACAUACUGAGUGAUGGCAGCCAUGCAUCGAGCAUCCAGCAUAUGGGUUAUGCCAUGCUGAUGUGCAUCAGUACUGCAUUAAUCAUCUUCAACCUGACUGCUAAAGAGAAGGUUUUGCUUAUGCUAGUCGACGGUCUACGAUGGGAUAGAUUAGGAUUUGACAUCCCAUCUCUUGAUAUCAUUCAAGAAAAUGGCGUCAGAGCAGAAUGGACCGAUCCUGUCUUUAUCACCGUGUCUUCACCAAGCAUGAUGUCCAUAGCUACAGGUUUGUACGUUGAGAGCCACGGUGUUAUGCACAACCAAGCUUUCGACCCAGAAACAAAACAGAUUGACCCUGGUUACCUAGAGGGUCUUAACAACACCGAGUGGUUCAAUGGAGGUGGGGAACCAAUCUGGAUCACGGCCGAGUCGCAAGGGCUCAAAGCAGGCACAUUUAUGUACCCAGGGGGGCAGGUUCCAAUUGGCGGCCAGCAACCUACCCGCUGGCAGGUGUCCUCCACGGAGUCUAGGGAACAGUAUAAGAAUCUUACGGACAGGGUGGACGCCAUCUUUGACUGGCUCUACGGAGAAGAUGACUUGGAUGUUGUCUUAUUCCACCUUGAGGUUAUUGACAACGCUCUUCACUUCACGGGCUUCAGUUCAUACACAGAGAGCAUCGUGGAUGACGUCAAUGACUUGAUAUCGUACAUCUUGAAGGACAAGAUGAAGAGCGAUGACGUCAAGGAUACGCUGAACUUGAUCCUGACUAGCGAUCAUGGGAUGGCAAAGAUGCCGUUCAAGAAGACCAUCUACUUGUAUGACUACAUCAAUGAGACCAAGGUGGAAUUCAUCUUUGCUAACAGAGGUCCAGUAUUUCAGAUUAAACCGGUAGAUGGCGCCCUUGAUGAGAUUUAUAACGGACUGAAGAAUGCUCAUCCUGCAUUGUAUGUUUAUAAGAAAGAAGAGUUUCCAGAGAGAUUGCACUAUGCCAACAAUCCAAGAAACCUUCCAAUAAUUGGCUAUGUGGAUCCAACAUGGACUUGCCUAACGAAAAGGUUCGCAACAAUAGCUGCGAUUGCUGACCAUGGUUUCGACAAUGAGGAGAUGACGAUGAAGUCUUCAUUCUACGCCCUUGGACCCAGUUUCAAGAGACGAUACCUGGCCAAACACUUCGAAUCGGUGAAUAUAUACCCGUUGAUGUGUGAGAUACUUGGCAUCGUGCCAGCUCCAAACAAUGGCUCCAGGGAGAACUACAAUGAUAUGCUGACGUCAGAGCACCCCCCUACGAACCUCCCGACACGCCCACAUACAGAACCACCAUUGUGUAGUGGUACGACUACUACAGGGAUGAAUUUGGACAUUGUGUUUGGUGUUGUUUUGUUUUCAUUUUAUAACGUUAUGAUGAUAAAAUGAAUAUGAUAAAUACUCCUUAACAACGAGCGGGAGUUAUGCGGCAGCAACACGGACGAAUAUUUACUUUUGUUUGUUUAAAGAGAGUAACUAGUUAUUGCUAAUGAAACUUGACUCGAUUUCAUAAUAAGUGCUCUUUGUUUGGUUAUUGUUUUGGCUGUGAUGGAUUUAUGUUGUUGAAGCAAUUCAAGUGCGGGACGUACCUUGAACAUAAUAAAAAUACGUAUGUCAGACCAGGAUCCUUAAAAACACCAGUGACUGUUGUGUGAUAUCCUGGGUGUAUUGUGUCCAUCAUUGGCAUGGUCUAUUCACAUGUAGUCUUGAAGUCAAGACGGUAAUUGUUAAGCGCGGUGUGUAGUUACAGC